GUUUUCCGUUUUGUUACAGGUGCUGCAACGCCCAAUGGACAUGGAGCUGGAACUGGUGUCAGACAGUGGCGGAGGAAGCGCUGGAGGAGGGGGAGGGGGCGGUGGAGGAGGAUACAUAACCUCUUCGACCAAGGACCCCAAGUCACCUGCUGGAGUUGCCAGCACGGCAACUGUGGUUGCUAGAUUAUUCAUCGCUCAACUUAGUUCUACGCCCAUUGACCAUGAUCACAAGGUGAGAUUGCACGACUUCAGUGACGAUGACGACGAAAUUAGUUCAGGGGAAGAAGAGGCCGCAGAGCUGUCAGACAGCGAGCCAAUAAGGUCAAAGCUUCCGAGGGCGAGACGACAUAACCUCAAGCAACGCUUCGUGUCGUUAUUGAGGCGAUUUAGAGUACCUGACACCGAAGGUGGUCGUGCCGGCGACCUGGAUAACCCAAGCGACAUACAAGCGCUGUUCCAAGAACUGGAAUCCUUGAGUUGUGAUGAAGACUCGGGAGCGGAACAGGACACGAUGUCGAUAUCCAGCACUCCAAAGCCUAGUUUAAGACCAUUCUUCAGCAGUAGUCGCAGUCUGCUGGAUAACACUACACUUCCCUAUGUUGAGGCUGAGAGAGUUGAGGAGAAGACUUGUUCUGGGUCGGACGGCAACGCAGAUCUGUGUUACACCGACCCGGAGGCUCAAAGCGACCCCCAAACGACGGGGUCGCCCCCUAGGGAACAACCCCUACCUCCGGGAAGCGGCGGUAGCGGCCGGAAGCCAGCAGGUGACAGCGAGUUCAGCAUCAUAAUGCAGGAGUUGUCCGAACGGAAGGCCAAGCUGUUCAGAUCGGGGGGAUCUUCCGCGAAGAAGAAGAAUUCGUUGAGCGUGGGAUCGGAACCUGCGAUCGAACAGGUCACAGCUCGAAAAGUGUUCCUAGAGAUGGUUUCCAGACUGUUGCCAUUAGAAGACAACGCGCUUCCAGAAUGCGUCGUGCUGAUAUCCGGUCCGGAUAGCAUGACCGUGCCUCUUUCCAGUAAGCUGAACGCCCCAUACAGGGUGUUCCAACCAAUCUCCGCUGUCGAGGUCAAAACUGUUCUCACGGCUCUCUUCAGCAAAAUACACAAGUAUUGUAACAAUUGUGCCAAACCGGGUACGUUUGUCAAGAUUGUUUUGGUUGGCAGUGAUACUUUAGUUGGCUGGUUCGUACGACCAUACGUCGAGCUACUGUCAAGUAAACCGUCCGAAUGGCUGUCAUUCACGCGGAUGUAUAUAGUUCCUUUAGGUGGUUGUAACAUAUCACGACAGCUUGCGAUGUUCGACCAAGGAUAUCAAUCGCUAUUCCCCUCCGAUCAAGAAUUGAAACCUGACGAAUUGGCCCAGAGGAUACACAGGUAUAUACAAGCGCCUGUAUCCGCGCCUGUGGUCCAAAUGCCCGUUGGUGAAGCCAUGCUUACGUGCCACGACGAGAAUAGCCAGCUGUUUAUUCCCUUCAUCAACGAGGUACGAGUUGGACCCGCUGAACAUCCCCAAUCCGUCUCGGUGGACCUCGAAGAUCCUCUGAUUUCUGCGAUGCAGCAGUGCUCUUCCCCUCCGAGUGCACCGCCCCCUGCUCCACAGCUGACGCCUCCUUCCUCCCCUAAUGUGCAUGCGCGCGAGGCCCCGUGGGAACCGCUCGAACUACAAAUAGAUUACUGGCAGGUGCAGUCGGCGCUCCCUGGUGGCGGGCUGAGGCACUACUCUGAUCAAGUUCCGCUGACCGCCGGCGCUAAGGAAAAGGACAAGGACGGUGGCAAGCAGAGGCAGGAUGGCGGGAAAACGUCGUUGAAGGCGCUGUUUAGAGGGCUACAGGCACAACCCACUAAUACCGCCGGCUUAGCUGUCACUAUGCAUCUGGCUAGUAAGGAGAAGAAACAGAAAAUAAUGAGACUGGGAAAGAAAAAGGAAAAAGAGAAGGAUGCAGAGCCGCGUUGUCAACUUGUAGAAGGUGUUUCUAGGCUCAUUUGCUCAGCACGCGCUUCUCACAAUUCUCCAAUGAAAAUCUACAUCGACGGUGUCGAAUUUGGCGGCGUGAAGUUCUUCCAGUUAAGCUCGACAUGGCAGACGCAUGUCAAAAACCUGACUAUAGCGCUGGCCGGCGUCCCAUUGGCCAGCUCCGAACUGAGCUGAACCCUUUAAUGAAGGGAACUUCUACCGAUAGUGAGAGAUUAAAGAUAUCAUUUCAUGUACGCAGCCUAUGUCGUCAUUAAAUACGACGUUUCGCUUAGCAGCUUCCAUGUAGAUCAAAACAAAACAAUGUGCAGAGAAUAUAUAUGUGUGCGUAAGCAGCAAAACAUGUCGCUUCUAGUCACUAUACGGGGUCUCUCGCCCAAAGAGCUUGCUAUCGACCCUGGACGGUUUACUACUGCGGUAUCAUCUGCUUUGGUCGCUUGGAAUUAUGUACGAGGGUGCUUUAUAAAAUAGAAACACGCACACAAUACGAAAAGACACAUUUACGGUGAAACCUCCUAUGUAAUAAUUUUUCCAUAUCGGAGCUUUCUGGAUAUCUAUAUAGUCACAUAUGAGCUCCGUGAUCCCAGAAGCGAAACCACUUUUUUAAUUUAAGAGAGUUUUUGUCAUUAAUAAAAGUGAUGGGCAGUGAAUUCAUCCAAGAAUAAUUAUCCUUCUGGGAACAUUGCAUGCAUCUCUUACUAAAUACUAACACGUCAUUAAACAUCAUUUUUCUCGUUUAAGUUUUUUUGCCUGCCUUGGUAUACCUCGUAUUUAGCUAAAGUGUGACAUUGGCAAAAAAAACUCCCUUUUUGAUCUACUCAAAAAAUAUUCAGUAUUAAUCACGCGAUCAUUUGAAUAAGCGGAUGAUAUAUCAGCCAAUUCCUUCCAGGUCAGUAGAACUUGAAUUGACAAUACCUUUCUAAGGCUCAAAAAAAGUAAACUAACAUAUGUCGAAGACUCUUAUUUGAAGAAUACUCUGUAUAUGUGAUAUAGUUUGUAGUUUGUUGUUAAAAUGUAUCAGUAUGCUUAAUGGUUUUUUAUCUUACAGUUUUUAUAAUGCCGUAAAGACAAGAAACGUGAAUUGUUCAUUAAUGAGAUAUAGUAGCAUGACAUUUGGUGACAGUUCUAGGAGUUUAGUCCAAACUGAACUUAUAUAAUUCGGUAAAACAUCUUUUUCCAUUGUUUGUGACUACCUUAUUCAGUUCUUUGCUCCAGACUAUAGAUACGUUUUGUUUAUGAUUGUAAGAUAAAGUUCGUUAGACUUUACUCCGAUGAGCUCACAUUUGUAGUGUGAUUUUUUAAAUACGUGAACGCAAAAGUGACUUAGUCACUGAGCGAAAUAGAUUAAUGCACAUUAUUUAUUGUUUGUGGCUGACUUUUUAUAUAGCGCUGCAUGUGUAGAACCAUUGAUAUAUCCAUUAAGUGUAGGACAUAAGAAUUAAGAUUAUAGGUUUUUUAUUUAUUGGAGAGUUUAAUUGAUUAUGUGAUAUAUCCAAGGUGGGUACAAUGCAUUUUUCUACGAAAGAUUCAUAUGGCUAUACGAUUAAAAUUUAUGAAUAUUAAAAUAACACAAAUCAUUGACUUGAUAGACAGAUUAAGCAUAGUUUGAUUGAUAUAAUAUUGUCGCGAUUCUGUGAUAGUAAAAUUUUCACUGGCACUAUAACACCGUAGUUUCCAAACAACUUUGUUUUCUGAAAUAGCAUUUUUUAUCUAUCAUAAGAUUGUCUUUACGUUCAUCAUUCUCGAUAGGAGCUAGCGAUUAUCUCGUGUGGAACAAUAUAUUUUACUCACCGUAUAAAAAUAUUAAUUUAUUUUCGAGUAUUCCUAUUUAAUUACUGACUUUGUUCUAUAUAUUAGGAGUACUUUUAAAGUACAGUGUGUUGUACUUUGUCAAAGCUUAUAUGAAAUGUGGAAACGGAGGUAUGAACACCUGAAAAAAACGUCAAAUGUAUGAAAAUUGAUUUCUAUUGAUACAAGAAUAAAUUGCGAAAAACUGCUAGGUGUAGUGCUAGAGCAAAAGCAGUGUAAAAUUAAUGUUUACAUAUGUUAUCAGUCAUAUUAUGUCAAGUUAAAUUUAUAUGAAAUUACAGGUACCGUUCAAUUUUGCAAUCACGCUAUUCGGAAUCUUAUUGACAACACAGAUAACCAAUAAAUGAAUUAGUUUCCUUUAUUCAAUAGAAAAUAGCAAAGCAGUGAUUGCAUUUCAGAAACUAAAAUGCAUUCAUUUGGUUUGGUAUUUAUAUGGAUAUAUGAACACCUGUUCUGUAAGGUGUUUGCAGAGAUAUAUUUUCGUUUGAUGUAACUAUGAUUAUUUGACUAGAAGUAAACAUGAUAUUGGAAUAGAUGGUUUUCUAGAUGAAUGCAAACUUGUGGCAGAGAAGAUUGACGAUUAAAUUUGUUAUUGUUAAAAUUGUAUUGCUGCAAGUAGCUGUAUGUUAAACAGUUAAGGUGUAGCAUUCCAUUAUAGAAGUGUUGUAAUAUGGUAAUAAAAAUGUAAGGAAAUUGUUGAAGUAUGCCAAAAACUUAUUCAGUGGAAUUAAAUAGGAAUUAAGUUUACUUUAUUAGUUUGGAAACUCAAUCCACUGUGGGUACUGACAGUAAGAAACAGAUAAAUUGUGCAAAUCGAAUUUGUGAAAAAAAAAUAUUAGUAAAUAUUACAGAUGAAACAACUGGAUAUCAAAUGAUCUGUACUCGUAACAAACAACAGAAGGCGACCUAAAAAACUUGUUCUUUCAAAGUACAUGUACAAAUUCUGAAUGAUUCUCGGUUGAUAUUCAAUGUAUAGUGUUUAUUUUUAUUCCCAAUUGAAGCCGCGUAAAGACACAAGUUGGUGUUACUUAAAGACAGUGCUUAAUAUUUGAGUAUCUCUUUAGUUUAGACAUGUCUUCAAAAACAGCAUAAGGCAUGAUUUUAAUAUGACUUAAUACUCGACGCGAUGUACCGUCAACGCAAGACUGACUAGAAGUGCCGACUGCCGACACAUGGAAUGUGUCUGAACAUAGUUAGAAAUCAAAACUUCACGUAAUGACAGGGGUCACGGUCGCGAUAUAGUUGGUCCACUGUAACGUAUUUUGAUUGUUAGCGAUGUAUUUAGCAUUAAUUUUGUAUUAUUAUUAUUGUUUUAUUCAUUUCUUGAAUCAAUUUUCUAUUACUUUGCAUUCUCUAUUAAAAUUAAAUCACUAUGCAUUUUGGGUAUUCAUAAAGUGAUUUUUUAAUUUUACCUUAAACAUUGUUGUAUUCGACACUGUUUAAUGUCAUUGUUCAAUUUAUUAAAUUCAAGUACUCCCUUUUGGAAUACAGAUUUGCUAGUUACGCUAUUACAGUUUUGCGGAUGAAAAUCUAUAAUGCCUCUAGUUUCGUAGUUGUGAUAAUGACUAUUUAAUUUUGUGAAGUUUUUUUAAUGUGGUGAUAAUAAAUGAUUUUUUAAUUUGAAUAUGAAAAUGAGAACUAAAUAACCUAUAUUUUUUUACAUUCAACCAGUUCUUCUAAUGUAGACUUAACCUUAGCAUAUUAGUUUUUUUUUAAAAUGAUUCUCAUCGCUUUAUUUCCUAGAAUUUGUAAUUUUGGAAACAUUAUCAUUUGCUGCAAACAAAACAGUUGAAGAAUAUAAAAAAUGGGGACGAAUUAUGGUGCUAUACACAAUUUGUUUGGAAUACACACUGAGAUUAUGGAAAACCAAAGUACUUUUAUCUUUUUUGAUAUCUUUGAAACAGUAGUUUACUAUCCACUUAUAGACCCAGAUAUUUGAAUGAUUCGACUUUUUCAAUUUUUUCAUCAUUAAUCACGAACCUAAUUGUAUUAUCACCUAAAUGUGUCCCUAUUGACAUACAUUUGUUUAUUGUUUAAUUUUAUUAACGUUUAACCAAUUAAUUUUUUUUUAUUUUCACUAUUUAACAGUUCCAAAGCGGUGUCCAAAUAUUUAUGUGAUAGAUAUAGCAACGUAUCAUCCGCAAAUAUUUGAAUUUUGCAGUGUUACAAAAUAUAAUAUGUAUGCACAUUUUUUUAUUGGUCUGCGUUUUGUCGGUUUCGAUUGGGAUUAGAAAUACCGACUAACCUGAGUCUGUUUUCCGUCUCUGUGACCAUAAACAACCAUAUAUCACGUGUUUAAUGCUUGUUAACAUUCAUCAGUACAUUGUAGGUAUGUUUUUUGGACACAGGCAACGGAAAGCAAGCAGAUACAGUCUAUUGAAAUACUAUACAUUAUUUACGGUUUUCAGCUGUCUAUGACCCACGUGGAAUAUAGUUGUUAUAGUGUAGGAGCUGGAAUGUUCCUAACCUGUAAUUGAAUUCGACUGAAUUCUACCGCACCUGAUUUUUAUGAGCCAUGCGACUGUGAUUUGGAAACAGCUCAUUCCAUCGUGACACAAAUGAUCAUUUUAUUUUUUAAUUCGACUCUUACUCAUCGCAUUGACUCUUUUCCAGUGACGUACCCCUUUAUGGGAAUUCAUUGAGUUAUUUUGAUCACACUCCUAGGAAAGAUGACCAAAGCAACUAUUAGCGAAUCCACAACACCAAGUCCCGGUUUUUCAAUUGUAAGUUAACUGCAACCUAUCUGCUAACCAGGAGUUCAACAAGAGUUUCAAUUUCGUCCUAAAGUGGUAGUCAACUUCAGCCAAAUGACCAUGCAUGGAUGUUCAACAUUUUUACGAAACACAUCAACUCUAAUUCUGUUUUCAGAAUAUAUUUUGUUUUGAUACUAUCCCAGAACCAUUCUGAUACUGUACAGUGGAUUGACGGUGUUGUAGUUUCAGGACCACUUGAAGCUUAUUGGUUAUUAGCAGAAUCAGAACGGAAUAAUGCUCUGUAAAACCAUAAAAGCAAAAUGUAUAACCAUGCGUAUCCACUUGUCAUUAUAAAUCAAAAAUCGCGUUAACAGUGUCUCGAAAUACAUACUCUCUUAUACUGCCUGCCAUUUUUUAAGUCUUAUUUUUUCAAAUGACGGGUAUUUUUAUAAUUUAUGGACACCUGCCAUCGCUGUUUGAGCAAGGAAAUCUUGAAGUUUUGUAUUAUGAAAAUAUUUAUACAAUGACUAUCGUACGUCACGGAACCAUUUCAGCACUGCUUGUAAUUAUAACGUGUAUACCGAAUCACUUAAACAUACUGUUGGUUGAGUACUUCCAAAGAACGUUUAAUAGAUUGUACCCGAGAAUAUACUCACAACUUUUGCCCAAUUUCAAAUAGCUUAUGUUUUCCGUACACUGAUGAAACAGAAACUCAAUAGAUCAAACAAUGCACGAACUGCGAUCGUUAAUAAAAAAUGAAUUUCGUUUUUUAUGCAGUUGACACCAGAAAUAAUAUUUAUAGGAAGGUACUUAUGAAGAUGCAUGAUAACAGAGAGUAGAUUAAAAUAUGGGGUUGUCCAAACCGGACGCAGGAAAGUAAACGCAUAUUAAAACAAGAAACAUUGAUAUUCAAAUCAAGUUGGGUACUUUAUUUUGAAGGUUCAUUUAUACCAUUUAUGUAUGAAAAAUAAUAUCGCUCAAAUGUUCACAACGACUGCAUUUACAGACGUCCACGCGAUGGUCGAAAUUUUCAAUGACAUUUUGCAACAUGGUCGGUUAUAUGGCAUUUAUCUCGGCAAUGUUGUUGUUUUUGAGUUCUUAUAGGGUGGCUGGUUUGUUGACGUAGACUUUGCUUUUCAAAUAUCCCCAUAAAAAGAAGUCCAAGGGUGUCAAAUCGCACGAUCUUGGUGGCCAUGGCACAUUUCCUCUGCGCGAAAUCACGCGAUCACCGAAGAAGGACUGCAAUCGAUGGAUAUUGACGUUGGUUGUGUGGCAUGUUGCACCGUCUUGUUGGAAAUAAACAUCGUCCAUAUCCAUUCCUUCAAGUUGCGGCAAAAUAUUUUUUGUCCUCUAUCAUCACGUGAUACCGCUCAGAAUUGACGGUAACGGCGUCCCCGGCCGCAUUUUCGAAAAAGUAAGGUCCGAUGAUGCCUUUUGACCACAAUGCACACCACACAGUCACUUUUUGAGGAUGCAUCGGCUGCUCUUGAUACUCACGGGGAUUUUCGUUCGCCCAGAUGCGGCAGUUUUGCUUUUUUACCGUCCCAUUCAAAGUGAAAUGCGCUUCGUCGCUGAACAUGAUUUUUGAUGUGCACCAUUUUUGAAGUGCUCUUGAAUAACUUUAAUGCGGUCUUCAAUUGAAUUCGACUCCAUAGCGAUCAAUGGUAAAUUUAACUAACAAAAUGACAUGUCGGUGACAGAAAACAAAGAUGGCGUCUAUGUCAAAUUGGCGUUUACUUUCCUGCGUCCCUAUUGGACAACCCUUUAUUUGUUGGAAAAUAAUUUUUCGAUCAUGUUUUUUGUAAAAUCCUCUUGUAUUGUGUUCGUUAUAAUAACCUAUCGAUUCUACUACUAUUCUUUAUAAUUAUAUCUUUUUGAACCAGUAAGAUUACGCGAUUGAUAGAGAAAAUUGAAAAAAUGCUGUGUGACGCUAUUUCAACUUAUUAAAUACAAAUUGUACCUAUAACUACUCGUAUAAAUGUGACCUCAUACGAUUAUUUUUCUUACAGUAUAUCGCUUGAUAUAUCCUGUCCAAAGGCAUAUCGCAAUUCGUGCAUUUUUUGAGUAACUUGUAGAUUCUAUCGGAAUCAGUUUAUUUCAAGUUUUGAAGCAACUGCUCCAAAAUACCUUCCCGGUAAGUUGCUUCGCUGGAAUUUCAUCUAGGUCUUUUCGUUCGUGUGACAACAUGAGAUAAUAGCGUAAAUGCAAUAACGUCUGAUAUAGUAUUGUUUAUAUUUACAUGUAUACAUAUGAAUAAACGCAUACUUUUAUUAA